UUUCGGUGUUUACGCACAAACAGGAUGUCCUGCACUGACUCACUCCUUAUCUCUGGUAGAAGUCUGGCCUUCUUGCAAGAUUUUGCAGAAACACAACUUACUAAAUUUAAAGCUUGCAGUCACACACCGACAACAGCCCCUCUGCUCCUUUUUUGUGAUGUGCGAACAAUGUCUUCCCAGAAACAUCUCCAUAGCAAGGAGAGCUGCGGUAUCAUUAGGUGUGUAAUAGUGUGUGACAGGAAACGGAUGAUGUUAGCCUGAAGGGCUCGUCUGAUGAGGAGAUGCAGCCUCUAGACAAACAAAUGUUUUCUCAUUUCUUCAUCCUUCUGGUGCAGUAUUGAAAGGACUGGUGUUCUUCAGUUCUCUUCUGAGAUGUAAGACAAUUCCUCCAAGAUCACUUAAUUAAAUUAAUCUGUUAGGUUGUUUUUUAGUCAUUAAGGAGUUGUUAGCCAUAGCUGCCUCCAGAGCUGUUUUAUUUGGGGAUGCUCAGUUUAAGAAGACAUAUUCUAACAUUUUUUUAAACUUAUAAUAGUUCAAUGGUUAAUACAAAACAUGUUUCUGAGGUUUUUUAACACAUAAUCAGUGCAUCAUAAAGCGAUCUCAGUAGUUUCAUUAUUGACAGUUUCAGUACCUUCCAGAAUGAGCCGUUUCAGGGCUUUAAAAAAACAAGCUGAAGCUGGCCACACCCACCCAACCCCUGAUUGGUUGCUAUCAGCUGAAACACCUGGGAGGGGCUCAGAGUAGAGUCACUGCUCUUCCAGCAUCAAAGGGGGGGAGGGGGGCGUGUCUGAUGCGUGACAUCACAUUAAAGGACUUUUUCAAACAACUUGUUUUAGGCACAUUUUCCUGAAAUCAAACACUAACAGAAAACAGAUCUACAGGUCUGUAUAGGCGGUAGAGUAUGGAAGAAACAGUCUCACCAGAACAUGACUUUUUUUGUUCUGUGAAUUUUAUAACUUAAAAUAUACCAUUAAAACUUCAUCUGUAAAAAUUCAACAUGAGAAAUUCACCUACAAAUGAGGUGACCUUGAGACCCAAGCCAAAGCAAUCGUCACUCGAUCGAGUUGAGUAGCUUCUAGCCAAUCAAUCGUGCUUCUCCGAUCAUGUGACACCAGUGAGGUGUUGACUUUAUCAGGUGACGACCGCUUUGGGUCGCCAGGAGGUCACCACGUUUGUUGGAGAACUCCUGAAGUUGAAUUUUUGCAGCUGAAUCCUGACUCUUGAACUCUACCUUGAAUGUGAUCAGAAAACACACAAACACCUCAGGUCUUCUCCUUAAAAACACUCUUCUUUCUGCUGUGAUAUUUAUAACCAUGUCUGUAAAGUCUAACAAUAGAAUAUUCCCUCACAGUUAGUCAGAUGGAGAUAAAAACAAACUUUUCAUCAGACGCGUCCCAUAAAACCACCUAUCUUGUUAGUUAUGUUUCACCAAGCAUCUCCACACAGUUUGUCACAUCUCAUCUGAGAGGCUUUCACCGACGAUCACAUCAGAUCUCAGAUGGCCUUUUCAUUUAAAAAGUGUAAAUCUGAAGGAAGUUAUGUCCGGUAAACAGAUUUCACCCAGCAGUAAAGUAGCUCAGGCGGUCUGAAUGAUCACCACCAGUUACAGAUGACAUAGUUAUUCAUGGGUUAGGGUUGUUUGUACUGGGAGAUGGUUGUAAAUAAGCACCAAACCAGCUUGUCAGAGCUCCAUUUCCUCCUCUCACUCCUCCUUUUUACAUAUUUCUCUCUGUCAGCGUUUCAGUCGGAUCAGCCCAACUCCAUAAGCAGCUUAAAGCAGCAGAAGAAUUCCACGGCACCUUAGCUCCAUGAGCACAACGGGCAGCCGGGUGGCUUAGGCUUUCUGGGGAUUUUGGGGGAGAAUUUGAAUUUUUCUGCCUUCUUAAGCGUCCACUGUACCGUCAGCUGGAGCGCCGGCUUUAAGAACGAGGAGAGGAAAUCGUCACAUAAUCAUUUGCAGCUCAGCGGUUGAAUUAUUAAUCUGGGUUUUGUCAAAUUCCUUCAUCUGCACACGGUUUUUAGGUUUUCAGAUGACGAAUCGUAUAAACUCUAAAAUGUUUUGUUUGAUACCACUAAUAAACAAGUGCUGCUGACGUUAUUAAUCAAUCAAAUCAAAGACUGAAUUGUUUUAAGAACCAGAUAAAACUGGUCUCGUGUUUUGGGAAACAUUAGAACAAGGAGGGACCGCAGUGACUCGUGUCCUUUUCUAUUGCACAGGUUUAAGAAAAAAAGGUUCAUUUUGUUGCUACUUUAAAAUUUAAUUCACAUUUUCAAAUAGAAAUGCUCCUUAUUCUUACUAGAGCUGUUAAAUAUGCAAUAACCAGAUCAGUUUAAGCGUUUUUAUAUUUAAAACUCACAUCGGAAGGCUUUUAUAGGCAACGUUUAAUUAGUUUCUUAUUAAUUUGUCAUUAUCCAGAUAAAUCUGACUUUACCUAAUAAGGGAAAAAAUCGAUGUCAGUUAAGGACUAAAUGAUAACUGCGGUAAGUUAAUGACUGUCUGUAAAUAGAAGGGAUUUACUGUCAGGGAUCCUUCAGGAUGACAACAACAUUCAGGCUUUUUAUGUUAAAUUUCUUCCGUUCUUGAAUUUGUUCUCGCUCGACUUCCUGGCGUGACGUGAGCGAGGUGUAACUGAAGCCUCUGCGGUCGAUCUGACUACUUCCUUCCUAUCUUAACCACAAACACACUCACACACAGAGUUGAACUGUGCAAACAAGCUUUUAUCUUUAUUUUCUACUAGCAGCAGGAAAUGAAAUAAAAAAAAACUGAACUUCAACGUAAAAAAGAGUGAGAGGGAUUAAAGGAGGGAGGAGCACAAAGGAGAGGGAGCGGAGAAGGAAGUGUUCGCUGGAAAAGAAGAAAAAGCAAACUCAUCCUGCUUUGUCACACACUUCUAGCGUUACAGAGAGAGAGGGAGAGACAAACAGGUGUGUUGUCUUGCUUCCCUCCUCUCUCCUCCUCCUCCUCCGUCUCAGUGGGCGUGGCUCAGCUCCGGCUCGUGAAAGCAGCCAGUCGCCUCCUCUGCUGUCAGAGAGGAACAAAAGCUCUCCGCUGCACUCCUCUUCUCUCCUUCCUCCCCACGAUCCCUCCUCCUCCUUCAUUCUCUCCUCCUCUUCGCUGCUCGGAGGAGCCAAGAUGAUGCAGGAGGUGUCCAUUAUGGUGGCCUACGAUGCUCAUGUGGUGGAACGUCCCGGUGAGGAGGACACCUUGGCUUGCUUGGUCGCUCAUUCUAAACCACUCAGAACUCCCAGACCUGCGGUUCCGACCAAAAAGCUGAAGAAGUUUGAGAAGGAAUAUCAGAGUCUGAGAGAGAGCCAGCUGCAACAAGAAGACCCGAUCGGCCAAUUCCAGAGAGAGAACCGCCGUCUUCAGGAGGCCAGUAUGAGACUGGAGCAGGAGAACGAUGACUUGGCACAUGAACUGUUCACCAGUAAGAUUGCCCUCCGGAACGAUCUGGACCAGGCAGAGGACAAGGCAGAUGUUUUGAACAAAGAGCUGCUGAGCACCAAGCAGCGGCUGGUGGAGACCGAGGAGGAGAAGCGACGACACGAGGAGGAGACGGCUCAGCUGAAGGAGGUGUUCAGGAGAGAACUGGAAAAAGCCGAGCAGGAGAUCAAGAAAACCACAGCAAUCAUAUCCGAGUACAAACAGAUCUGCUCCCAGCUCAGCACCCGGCUGGAAAAGCAGCAGGCGGCAACAAAAGAAGAGCUGGACAUCGUCAGGAACAAAGUGAUGGGGUGUGAGCGCUGCAAGGAUCUGUUCAGCACCCUGGGGUCUCUACAAGCUUCCUCCCCCGGCGGUGAGAGGACGUCCAACCAGCCUCUGGAUGAGGAGAAGGACGGGCUGACGGACCAGCUGAGACAGCUGGAGCUGGAGCUAGCGCAGACCAAGCUGCAGCUGGUGGAGGCCAAGUGUCGAAUCCAGGAACUGGAGCACCAACGAGGAGUCCUGAUGACUGAAAUACAAGCUGCCAAAAACUCGUGGUUCAGCAAGACUCUGGGGUCCCUGAAGAGCUCGGCCUCCUCUUCCUCCAGCUCCUCGUCCCAGACGCCGUCCUCUCCGAGGGACGGGCCGGCCUAGCUGGACCUCCCUCCCUCUUAAUCCCCAGCAGGAUGCACACUAGAGCUGAGCAACACAAGCUGAAGAAACUAGCAGAGGGGAUGCAGUAUUCCUUUGGUUAGGAGGUGGGAGAAGGGGCGGGAUACGGGAACAGCUGCCUGUCCUCCAGACUGUCAAGUGUCCGUUCAGCUUCUCUGCUUCACAGCUGCAGAGACAGCCGAGAGUAAGCAUGACUGAGAGUGAAGUUAGUUUAUGCAUCAGAAACUCUGGAUUACAGGUCAACUAGCUCCCCCUAGUGGACAUCUACUGCAGUUACAAAACUCAUUUCAUCCCACAAAAUGAUGUUUUCUAAUAUCUGAUGAAUCAACCUGCCUCUAUUUUCACAGAUGUAAAUAGAUAUGAAUCAUCACAGAGGUCUUACACACACAAACAUCUUCAGCUCAAAAAUGACCCCUGCCCUCUGAAAAAGGAAUACUGCACCCCGUAGACAACAAGAGCGUCACAGAAGUUGCAAUUCUUUAUAGUAAUAUAACAUAAACAAUGUUGUUAUAUAAAUAUGUAUAACUAAUUAAUAAUUUUUUAUUAUCUUGUACAGUUGUUUAAGAGGAAGAAAAGAAAAGUUCUUAUAUUUCUUUUGUACUGUGUGGAUUUUGAUGUUGCGCGCGGCGUCAGCUGGUCCGGUCCAAAGGCCGAGGGUCCAAAAAGUGACGACCUGCUGAGAUCUUUAAAUCUUUAAUCAUUAACAUUUUUACUAAUUAUUUUAUGUCGUAAUUUAUGCCAAGCACUAAUUGUAGGUUUUGUUUCCUCUGUUAUUAGAAAGCAGGUCAGGUCUGACCAGAUGAAGCAGAAAGGUUUAAUUCACACAAGAUUCUCACGAUUGCAGCACGUGUUAACUCUGGUUUCAGCUCCAGAACCAGUGAAUGAAACAUCCCUGUUGUUCUUUAACUCCACAGCUACUGAAGCAGUCCCGACACCAUAAACCACAUCUGUUACUGCACCAUCUAGAAGCAUCUCUUAAAACAUUACACAUCACCGGUUCCACAAUAGCUCAGUUGUUGCCGAAAAGUUCUGAAACCCCUUGUGAGUUUGUGUCAAUGCUUGUUUUCUUGUUUCUUUUUAAGGAUGCUGAUGCUUUAAGCCUGAUCUAAAUCCUGAUCUAAACCACUUUAAGAUGCAUCGGGGUCACAUUUAGUAACAUUGUGAAAUGAACAGCAGAUGGCUUCAGAACAAACAAGCACAUAUUUUUAUAUUUUCAUUUUAAAAUACAAAGAAAAAUGUUUUUAACUUAAUUCUUCACUUGUUUCAUUUGUUGAACCUAAAGGAGACUAGGAGGAUUUUUGUAGCCAAAAGCAGCAUUCUUAUUUUAGUUUAGCUGCUUGCUGCUGUUUUGUUGUCUCUGGUUUACACCAACAUCAGCCUUUGGACUCGGACCAGUCGUGUGUUUCUGCAAUGCAUACGUAUGAAGGGGAAUGGUGUCUUCUUCACUCUGCUGCCUUUUCUGUUGAUGACUGAAGUGGUCGGCUGAAGAGAGAAAGGCCAUCUGCCUGUUUGAGAGCAUCACCUGUGCCAUAAGAGCCCAUCCACGCACACACACACACUUUGCCAUCUCCCUCUCCAUACCAACCUGCUGUUCCAUCUUUAAACUGUUUGCUGGAUAUUCUUAUUUCCAUCUAUAAAGUUAAAAAACAGCUGUUUUUCAGUGAUUGUUCAGGUGUUUUCCUGUUCCAGGGCGUUGUUGAGUUCAGUCUAAACUUACCAUGUUGAGAGCGUUCCUCUUGUCAUGUGCACCAACAUUGUUAAACACUAUUUAAGGGUGUGUCUGUUGCAGUUAUUCAUUUUUAGCUGAUGACUGUUGCAGAACGUACAGCUGCCAGUUAAUAAUCCACUCUAAUUCAGUUGAUGUCAUUGAUGCAGAAGCAGCUGAGGAGGCAGAUUAAAGGUGUUGUGUAUUUUGUUGUAACACCUCCGUCCUGUUACGCUGAGAGGGACUGUAACAAGCCUGCUUUAAUAAACCUUAGUUCUGGUCA